UAAAGAAACCCUUUCUUUUAAAUCUCUGCCUCCCUUCAUCUUCUUCGAUUCUCUUCUGUGUUUCAGAAUUUCUUGGUUUUCUCUGUUUCUUUCUCCUUACUGUAACGAUUUGGUGUUGUAAUUGGUCGGUGGUGAUGGCUGAGAGUUUAGACGACGGCGAGUUUUGGCUUCCUCCUCAGUUUCUUUCUGACGAUGAUGACGACCAAGAGAGUUCUGCUACUAAUAAGAACAAUGGCCGGAAUUCGUUCGGUUCGACUGCUUUUCAGUCUGGACGGCCGUCGUUUCCGCUUGAGUUUGGGACUUUUGGUGGAUUUUCGGAUUUUAGUUCUACUGCUGAAUCGUUGAAGGGUUCGAGUGAGACGGAGAGUGAUCUGGAGGAUAUUGUCGCUGGAUUGACUCUUCAUAUGGCUCGCUCCACCGUUGAUGAUGGUCUUGAUUCUGAUAAUGCUAAGGAAAGAGUUUUGGCUGGAUCUCCACAGUCGACUCUCUGCGAUAUGGGGAGUGGUAGUGGCUGUAGUCAAGGUUCUAGUCGAGGAAGUCCUAAAAGCAAUUGUAAGGUUCCAUCUCCGCCGGCUACAUGGGAUCUGCUGCAUGCGGCUGCAGGACAAGUAGCGAGGAUGCGAAUGACGGAGAAUCAUGGAGUUGUUCAUCAAAACAGAGGAACACCUCAAGUUUCUGUUCCAGUGAAGAACUCGAGCUCCGAUACCGGGUUCUACCAGCAGUUGCAGGCUAUGCAAUUUCAGCAUCUACAACAGAAGGAAAUUAUGCAGCGACAAAACCUGACCGUCGCUGAGCAGAUAAAUUAUCAUGCAGGGUAUCAACAACAACAGAUCCAUCAAAUAGUUCAUAACGGAAUGAGGAGCGGUCGGGGAUUGUCGUCAUCUCCAUGGCGUCAACCGCCACAGGGCGCCGGUGCGAGGGCUCUGUUUGUUGGAACACCAGGCGGCAAAAGGGAAUGCGCUGGAACUGGUGUAUUUUUGCCUCGCCAUACCGCCACUCAUUCUCAACAGAGAAGAAAGCCAGAUUGUCCUACGGUGUUGGUUCCUGCCAGAGUGAUGCAAGCCCUGAAUCUUAACCUCGAAGACAUUUGCAGUCAACCCCAUCUUCAACCCGUCGCCGCCGCACGAUUCAAUUCAGAUAACGAUGUUCUGCUGAGGCUGCAAUUCAACCGCGGUGCAAAUUAUCAAAAACGCAACAGCCGUCGGCAGGCAGCAACAGAGAAUGAAAUCAAGCUUCCCCAAGAAUGGACUUACUGAAACUAAACCGUCACUAUAGGAAGUUAGUUCGGGAUUGCGACACAGUACAGAAUUGGUAAAGAUGAAGAUAUUAUGAUAUUUGUGGUUAGAUUUAGAGAAGGAAUAGACAAAAAUAAGUUAAGAGAGCAAGUGAUUUAGUUUAUUUUUUGUUUGGGUGAGGGACUAAGGUCACUCAGUCAAAGUGAAGAACAAGGGUGGAUCCAGAAAACAGAGUGUAUUUUCCACCUCUUUUUGUGUCAAUAAAAGAAAUUCUAGAUUCCAUAAAA